ACCAAACCCAUUGCGAAAUAUUUAUAUCGCGUUUUGAUUUUUAGAAUAAUAAUUCUAAAAUCGUAAUUUGAUUUGCAAAUUGCUAUUUGUAAAUCUCAUCGUAUAAAAUGAUCCAUCGGAUCCUAGAUUUAUAAUAAACAUACAUGGAUUAGACUAAGACGGAACUCGUCGUUCAUGUACUACCAACGUAAACUUGGUUUUAAAUGUAGAUGAGAAUAAAGACGGUGGUUGAUGCAAAAUGAAACAAGACUCGUAAUCAACGCUCAAUAAUCGCCGCCUCCUCAAAUGUAUAUUUUCUCUCAACCCUUCCACAAGUUCAAGUCUCUGGAUGUUGUUGACAUUCAUCGUUCGUAGACUUGGCCGUCUCAUUCCCAAAAGAAAAAGAAGAAUUAACGGGAUGAGAUGAGAAGCAAAAUUCGUUGCCAGCUGAAGCUUUUACUUCUCAUGACCUUCACUUUUGUAGCCGUCACCUUGUGGCUCAUUAUAUUAGGACGUAAUGACGGGGAUAAAAACAGUGUUGGGGGAUCCUUUGCCUUCAUCACACCUUCAUCAAACAUCUUUAGCUACGACUUCUUCCUCCGAGUCAACAAUAAUUCGGCUGACGGGGUGGAAGAACUUUUACAAACAGUUGAGGAAGAGGACGAAGCUUCUGCGGAUGCAUUUGAAGAGCUCAUGGAUAUGGCUCCGUUAUGUCCCCUUCGACUGGACGAGUUAGUUGGACGGAGCCAGAAAAAUUUAAAUCCAAUGAUAACCCAAGAAGCACAAAUGCAUGACUACAAAUCUUGUCAGAUGGAGAAUUGCUUCGAUUUCAAAAAAUGUCAAAAUGAUCUCAUCAAAGUUUACGUCUACCCCCCAGAUAAAUUUGUUCCCAUUAGUACGACAUACGAAAAGAUUCUGAAUCGAGUAAUGUCUUCCCCCUACUAUACAAAUGACCCAGACGAAGCCUGUCUAUUUAUUCUGAGUAUUGACACCCUAGACAGAGAUUCUUUAAGCCAUGACUUUGUUAGGAAUUUAGGAAGUAGACUUAAUAAUUUAGAGCACUGGAACAAUGGAGAGAAUCAUUUGAUAUUUAACUUGUAUGCUGGAACGUGGCCAGACUACAAUGAGACAGAAUUAGGAUUUGAUUUUGGUAAAGCAAUAUUGGUAAAGGCUUCCAUGAGCACAGAACAGUUCCGGCCGUCCUUCGAUAUUUCUCUGCCCUUGUUCCAUCCUUCUCACCCUGAAAAAGGAGAUGAGUUGGGAACUGCUUUCACUAACGAGUUUCCUGCUAGAAAGAAACAUUUGGUUGCCUUCAAAGGAAAACGUUAUGUUUAUGGAAUAGGAUCAGAGACCAGAAAUUCCAUUUAUCAUUUACACAAUGGAAACGAUAUUAUAAUGGUCACAACAUGCAAACAUGGUAAAAACUGGAAGGAAAUGAAAGACGAAAGGUGUGAUGAAGACAAUCGAGAAUACGAAAAGUACGAUUAUGAAACUCUUUUGCAAAAUUCAACGUUUUGCUUAGUCCCACGUGGUCGACGAUUAGGAUCAUUUAGGUUUCUGGAAUCAUUAAAAGCUGGAUGCAUUCCAGUCUUGCUAUCAAAUGGAUGGGUACUCCCAUUUUCGGAAGUGUUGGAUUGGACGGCAACUGCAAUUAUAGCUGAUGAGCGAACAUUACUUCAAACGUUAGAAGUGAUAAGAUCAGUAGAUAAGAGGAAAAUAUUUAGAAUGAAGCAGCAAACUCAAAUUUUGUGGAAUCAGUAUUUGUCUUCCGUUGAACGAAUUGUAGAAACAGUAUUCGAGAUAAUAAAAGAUCGCGUUAGGCGAAAUACUCGACGUGAUAGUUUUAUAUGGAACAGUGCACCUGGAGCUUUGAGCAUUGAUACGUCCUUUGGAGAAACCUUAGACGACUACCCGUUUUAUCAUUUGGGCAAUGUAACCACAUUGAAACCUAAUUUUACAGCCAUUAUUCGAGUCCAACAGCCCUCAAUUGGUUCAACGACUAAAUCGUCAAGCUACGCCAACUCAAUAUUAUUCAAGCUAAUUAAAAAUCUUGGCAAGAGCCCAUUUGUGUCAAAAAUCAUCAUUGUUUGGAGCAGCACUAAAAGUGUGCCACGUGUUUGGCCUGAUAUCCCUCAUCCAAUUAUUGUUAAGCAGACAACUUCCUAUUCUCCUACUCAAAGAUUUUUUACAGCCGAUAUCAAUACUGAUGCGGUUUUCGUAUUGGAUGAGGAUACACUACUAAUGACUGACGAAUUUGAGUUUGCGUAUAGAACUUGGACUUCAUUUCCAGACCGAAUUGUUGGAUACCAAUCAAGAUCACAUUAUUGGAAUGAAUAUAAAGAACAAUGGAUGUACUCUUCAAAAGCAUCCAACGAAUAUAGCCUUAUAUUACAUGGAGCCUUCAUUUAUCACGUCUACUACAACCAUUUGUAUUGGUUAAAAUUGCCACCGGCAGCAUUGAUGACAAUUGAAUCGUUCGAAGAUUGUGACGACAUUGCUAUGAAUUUGUUGGUUACAAGGGUAACAAAAAAAUCACCAAUCAAACUAACUGCAAAUAGGAAACCGUCCGCCAGUGCCAGGAAUUCUCAAUGGUUGCAGCAAGAUAGGAUACAACAACGACACAACUGUCUCAACGAACUUUAUGAUAUUUAUGGUUCAAUGCCUCUGUUACGAUCCAGUAUUCGAAUGGAUCCUAUUUUAUUUAAAGAUUCAGUAAGUAAUUUGCGAAAGAAGUACCGACAACUCGAGCUUUAGGAAUUGAUGUAAAAUUAAGUUGAGUGAUCAAUCGUACAUCCCAAAAACGCAGAAAUAAAAAGGACCGCAUUCGUUUUACAUAAAGAUACAA